GCAGACUGCAGCGCGCUGCGUGACAACAUGUUCCUGUUAUUCGCAAGCUUGGCGACGCUGGUUGCGGCCGCGCCGCGCGUCCUGCCUAAUACUCACUUUACAGCAGCCGACUUGCAAGAAUAUUUAAAUAUCAUCCCGAAGAUAGAUCACUUUGAUCACACGAAGUACCAGUUCCAUCUACGAUUCCGAUCCGCACCGUGGAAGGUUGCGGUCGGAGAAUCACAGUACGUACUGUCGAUGCCAAUGCCUGGUUAUAAGAAAGAAGAUAUUGAAGUUUUGGCGCAGAAGGAUGGAUUGAUAAUGAGAGCUAUCAACAAAGAAGAAGACAAGACUGCAAAGAGUCAAUUUGUAAUUAGUGCAUUGCCUAAAAAUGUUAAUCCUGCGGGGCGUUGGACGUAUGACGGAACGAUGAGAGUUGUUUUCCCGAUCGAACACGCAGAGAACAUAGAGAACAAUGCUGGCGGAAGUGACGACAGUAGCUCGGAUGUCAUCCCAAUAGUAAUAGAUGAAUAAUUAUUUGAAGCUAAGGGGGACGGUCUAUUCAUUAACCUCGAUUCCGAAUUGUAAACAAAAUCUUAUGCAUUACCACAGAUUUUAAAGGGCCAGCACACAAUUAAAUUUUAAAUUUUACCUUUUGCACUUCUUUGUUUAUUUAUCGUGGCAUUUUACUUUUACGCGUUUUAAUUAUUUUAUCGUUAAUUUGUUUUUAACGACUGCCUUUAAGCUAAAAACUGUAAAAUGUUGAUAGACAUUUACAUAAUUGUAACAUUUGUAUUUUUCCAAUAAAGGAUGUAAAUUAA